CCUGUCUACAUACACGCCGCACACCAAGCCUUACACGACUACUUCCAUUACAAACUUUGGCGACUCGACGGUCACCAGCAAGGAUAUCGAUAUAGGACUUUCUACGAAAUGGCAGUCCUUUCGCUGCCAUUGAGCUUCAACAAUUCGUUCUGGUCCCAGGACUAUCGGAAAGGUCUUGAGGUUCUCUUCCAAAAACUGGACCAAGGUGUCGCGGAAAAUGAAGAAAUCAUCGCGUUCAUUAGGUCCAGGAUUAUUGCAGAGAGUCAGCUGGCCAUUGCUCUUAUGAACCCCAUGCUCACAGGUGCACAAGGUAUAGGCUUUGGUGCUGACGAUGGGGCAUCCCUCCUUAUGACGUUCCGCGGCCUGCAGAACGAGUCUGCUGCGCAGGGUCAGGCCCACAAGUCGAUUGCAAAGGAGCUUGAAACCCUGGUUGUGGACCCCUUUGACGACUGGGCCCAAGGCUUCAAGGAAAGGCUCAGGCAGAGCAGGCACAACGUUAUCGACAACUGGAUGAAGGCAUAUGAACAGUCUCACGGAGAAGUAGCCAAACUGAAGCACCAGUACCUGUCGAAGACUCGCAAGGCCGAUGAGGCCGAGGAUGACGCGAAAUUCGCUCCAAAUUCUAAUGGAAUCACAGACAAUUAUACCACGUCACCCAGAAUACGGCCCACGGACUCUCAUCGCUCGCCACCUCAGCGCACAGCUAGCGUUUCGGAACGCAUUGCGCAACGAUUGAAGGAAAUUCAGAAGAAGAGUGUUAGCACUUUAUCUGCUGCAUCGGGAGUUGCUUCUCCACCGAGCAAACCCGAAAUUGUCGCUGAGCCCGAGAAGAUACCAGAAAUACCCAAGCUCGACAAAGGAAAGGGCAAGGAGGUGGACAGGGCCAUGUCCCCUCCCCCGCUUGCCGCCUCGCCCCCUCCUAUGUCACCCAUGCUACCUCCAAACACAUUUGAAAAGCCUCCAUCACCGAUGCCUCCCUUCCCUGAGCCGCCCAUGCUCCUCGCCGGACUUUCUCUUCCGCCGGCCGCGGUGUCGCAAUUGCUCACCAGAGCCGCAAGCGAGCUUAACCUCCGCCCUGUUAGGGUUCCUUUACUUGGGGAGUAUCAGGAUUGUUUCACUGGGGAAGAAUUUGUUGCCUGGCUGAACGAGAAUGUCCACGGCUUCGGGGGCAGCCUGGACAGAGCCGAAGAGGCGGCGAAAGACCUGACAGAGCGCGACGGUCUCUUGAGGAGAAUAGGCGAAUUCGGGAAUCAGUUCGAACAUUCCGAUGACGCAUUUUAUCAAUUCCGCCCCAAGGCGUUUGAUAUCGAAGGCAAAAAUUCCGACAGUCUCUCCUCUACGGCAGCUAAAUUGCAGCCUGAGACUCUUCUCAAACGCACGAACAACUUUGUUAAUCUUGUUAGCAAGGCACUAAAUGCCCAAGCAAAUGGAGAGCCGAUGUACGUUAGGGCACGACAUGAGGCUGAAGAUGCCGACAAAGUGUAUCGCUUAGCGGUACGGAAGCUUGAUCGCCAGCGGUUAGCCCUCGAGGAAAGAUUGGAAGAGACAUUGAAGACACUUCAACGCUGGGAGCUGGAGCGACUUCGCGCUGUGAAAACGGUCUUACUUCAAUACCAAGGGACCGUAUCGAAUCUUCCUAAAUCUCUUGAACCAUCCAACAAGAGAUCAAAGACACUCAUCACUGCAUUCCAGCCCGAGUCCGACCUGACGGCGUUGAUUGAACGAUAUCGCACAGGACCAUUCCGACCAGACGCACAGGUUUAUGAGUCAGUCGCGCAUGACGAGUCCGAUGUCGUGUUUGGCAUUGAUUUGCGCAAAUGGGCCGAAGGCGGUUGGAGCGUUAUCACUUCCGAGGAGGAGAAAAAAGACCUCAUUCCUCCCGUAUUGGAUGCUCUACUCCAAGGUCUCACAGAAGCAUAUAAUAAGUUGCCGAACGACGAUGAGAAGAGAAAGACUUGGAUAUACGAAGUGCCGUUAUCGGCAGUGCAUCAUCUCAGGGAGACGUUAAAUGGCGUUCCUCUACAAGGGCCGAUCCCCGCAGAGAUAUUCACUAAAUAUGAUGCACCAGUCAUCGCUAGUACCAUCAAGCUUUGGCUACUGGAGUUGAAUCCUUCGGUUGCUUUGUACGAAGGAUGGGAGGAAUUUCGGAGACUAUAUCCGACUGUCGGCUCAGCUAUGAAGGCUGAAGGCGAGGAUACCGAAGAGCAACACAUUACCGAACUCGGUACGGCACUUCAGAAACUUCCAAGGGUGCAUCUAUAUGUUCUGGAUGCUAUCAUAAGGCAUUUGAAGACGCUUAUCGAGUCAACGACCGUCGAAGAAGCCAACGAAGUGUACAUCACGAAACUUGCAUUGUCUAUUAGUCGCACUAUCCUCCGGCCUAAAUACGAGUCUGAAAUAUCAAUUCAGGAUAGACAUCCAGCAUUACUCUUCAUCGACCUGGUUAAGAACUAUGAUGCUAUCCUGCCUGCCACUAUUGCGCGCAAAAAGCGCGAAUCUGAACGCAAAAUACCACUUCGCAAGCGUACGGCGCCGGUUGAUAUGAGGCAAAGUAGAGGAAACAGGAUCUCUGUUGGGGGCGUCAAUCAAUUCUUUGCCCAACAGAAUCUGAAAUCCGUGAAGUCACCUGAGAAGUCUUCGGAACCGUUGCCUCCAUUCCCACCUCCCCCUGUACUGUCCAUUCCGCCACCUUCUCUUGAGGAGACACCAGAACCUGUUGUGGAGGCAUCUCCGCUGCCUCCUCUGCCUCCACCACCGGCUCCUGUGGAUGCAGAUUUGCCUCCUCGACCUACAUUCAAGGAACCACCUCUUGAAGAUGACGACCUUCCGCCACGACCGACAUUCAAGGAACCUCUGCCAGAGCCAGAGGAUGAUGUGACACCUCCCAUGCCCAAGUUCGUUGAUCCACCUCCGGAAGAUCCUGAGACAUCAGCUAGGGAUAUGGUCUCUUCGGCACAAGCGCAAAGUCCUCCGGCUGCACCUCGCUCUCCUGUCCCUUCGGACUUGAAGCGGGUAAGCUCUUCGAUCUCUACAAGGUCAAACCAAGGCAAAGUCAGUUCACGUAGUCCAACGCCACCCAAAGAAGACCCGGCGAAGAUUUCGAGGUCGGCUUCAGGUGGAGUAAAAGGUCCUAGGGUAGCACGAGGGCCGAGACCAACGGGAGGUGGUACAGUUUCGAGCAUGGUAUCCAAUUUGAACAGGAACAGUGCGACAUCGUCAAAUAGGUCCGCAAGCCCAUCCUACAAACGGUUGUCUGGAAGUCCCAGCAGGCGACCCUCAAGCGUUCUCGGACGGAGCGCGGCCUUUUCCAGGAGAACUAUGGCCAGUGAUGCGGAGGAUGAUGUAGUGGAUAAGAAAUAAGGGUGUUGACGGACUCAUUUUGUUUUGUUUUGGUCUAGGGACAUCAUAAUCAUACUGGAUAUAUGGUUUGCUUUCCUUGCUUAGUACUUUAUGGACUUUAUGCACAGGCUAUACCAAUACUAUGGAAAUAUUUUCUUGCCUCAUCCAAGGACCAACUUAACCACCUGGAUCACUUAUGCCUUCGUGCCGUUAAGGAUUUAGCGUUGUAGUCUCAUAAUCUUAGAUAGUUGCCUGACUUGCCGAUGAAUUGCUAUGACAAUAUUUUGGUGCAGCA